AUGUCCGCGCCAGAGAAUGACGGGCACGCCCACAUCGAGGUCCCCGAGGGGCACAACCAAGACGAAGAGAACACUGGCAUGACCAGCAAGAAUGGCUGGGACGGCAAGCUUCGCAUUCCCAAGUCAGCGCUUCUUUCGAACCCGGAGGCCCUAUCAGAUCCUGAAUACUCGGACGAGGAGAAUGUGUUGGAGGGCGAGGAAAUCCCUGCGGACCAAGAUCUUCUCAAGGACGAACCCGCCGACACUGACGAAAUCAUGUGCAUCCACUCGCGCAUCGGCUCCAUGGGUGCGUUGAAGCUCGAGCGCUUCAAGAGCGUUGUGCGAAUCUGCCUCCGCCAGAACAGGAUCCAAGAAAUCGAGGGCUUGGAAUCCCUCGCCGCGACGCUCGAAGACGUCGACUUUUACGACAACCUCAUCAACCACAUGCGCGGUCUUGACGGACUCACGAAGAUCAAGUGCCUCGAUCUGAGCUUCAACAAGAUCAAGCACAUCAAGAACAUCAGCCACAUGACCGAGAUGAAAGAGCUAUUUCUUGUCGCGAACAAGAUCAGCAAGAUUGAGAACUUGGAAACUUUGACGAAACUGACCUCUUUGGAGCUCGGGUCGAAUAGAAUCCGCGAAAUCAAGAACCUCGAGUCCUUGCAGGCGCUCGAGGAGCUGUGGCUGGCCAAAAACAAGAUCACCGACCUCACCGGACUGGGCGGUCUACCGAAACUACGACUGCUCAGCAUCCAAUCGAACCGCAUCACCGACUUGUCGCCUCUCAAGGAUGUUCCCACCCUCGAGGAGCUGUACAUGUCCCACAACAUGCUCGACUCACUAGCUGGUAUCGAGUCCAACAUCAAUCUAAAGGUGCUGGACAUUUCUCACAACAAAAUCUCAAAGCUCCAAGGAUUGGGUCCGUUGAAAAAGAUUGAGGAAAUCUGGGCCAGCUACAAUCUUAUUAUAGAUUUCAACGAUGUGGAGAGGCAACUCAAGGACAAGGAGGCCUUGACGACUGUCUAUUUCGAGGGAAACCCUCUGCAGCUUCGUGCGCCAGCACUGUACCGGAACAAAGUCAGGUUAGCUCUGCCGCAGGUGAGCCAGAUCGAUGCUACGUAUGUCAAGGUCCCAUAG